AUGUCCGAUUCCUAUCACAACGUUGUGAGUACUGAGAAUGGCAUAGACGUUUCUCAGCUCACUGACUGAUGUGCCAGGGGUAGGUGCUUCCACUGGCUCAAGAUCCAUGGCUGCUAGACACGUACAUGAACGCCUCUGGCCAUAUUCGUAUUGGAACGAUCCUAAUGGACCUGGAUGCGCUUUCAGGCGUAGUUGCCUACAAGCAUACCGGUGAUGGAGUAUCUACCGUAACGGCAGCUUGUGAUCGAAUUACGAUCAACCAUCCGUUGACAGAAGUCUGUGAUCUCGAAUACAGCGGCCAAGUCACAUAUGCUUCAGGCCGCUCCUCAAUGGAAAUCACUCUGCAGGUAGCGAAGGCACCGAAAGCUGGAGAGAAGGCGAAACCCGAGGACGUGAUGAUGACUUGUCAAUUCACAAUGGUCUCCCUAGACCCAGGGACGAAGAAGCCAGUCAACAUCCCGGCGAUACGCACUGACACCGAAGAGGAGAAGGCUAUCUAUGCUCAGGGCGACAGAAACAGCCAACAUCGUAAACAGCUCCUCAAGAGGUCCCUCCUGAAGCAGACGCCGAAUGAUGAGGAAAGCGAUCUUAUCCACGCUAUUUGGCAGCGGCAGCUAAAGUAUCAUGAUCCAAACGAUCCGAUUCGCAAGCCUGCCAAUGUCCACUUGAUGGAAGCAACGCGAUUGAACACAGCGAGCAUCAUGCAGCCACAAUACCGCAACCGACAUCAGUACAUGAUUUUUGGCGGCUACCUACUCAAGCAGACCUUCGAGCUGGCCUUCUGCUGUGCGGCAAGUUUCGCGCAUACUCGACCGACAUUCGUCUCGCUCGACCCGUCAACCUUUCAGAACCCCGUACCGGUCGGGAGUGUCCUCUAUCUUACGGCGACAGUGAUAUACACAGAUCCACCUCUUGUCCCGGCAGCCUCAGACGGCAAGCCUCCGACAGACAGAGCAGAGAACAGUCAGACUCGCAUUCAGGUUCGCGUGGACAGCAAAGUGCGGGAUGUGGAGCAUGGCAUCGCGAAGCCCACUGGACAGUUCAACUACACCUUCACUGUCGACAAGGACAUUAAGAUCAUGCCAAGGACGUACUCCGAAUUCAUGAUGUACGUCGAUGCCCGGAGACGAGCGCAGCAGGUCCAGGAGAGUAUCACGCAUGGAGAGACGGACAAGGGAGUAAAGGAAAGAGUGACAGAAUAA